AGUCGUAAAACGUCAGAAGAUUCGUGAAAAUGGCGUUGAUAAUCGGGCGUAGAAUGUGAAGUGACAUUUCUCCUCUUUUCUCGGCUUUAUUUAUCAAAAAAAACAAACAGGUGCUUUUUCUUUUUACAAACAGUGAAUAACAGCAGCUUAUUGUCAAAAUGAUGUCCGACCGAAAGGCGGAACUGGAAAGAAAAAAGGCAAAGCUCCAGGCGAUUAGAGAAGAAAAAGAAAGGCGCCGCAGAGAAAAGGAGCAAAAAGAUGUCGAGGAAGCAACGGUUCGCGCAGCUGGACCUGAUAAGGACCAUCGCAAAGAAUUGGAUGCCAUGCUUUCAUCUCUUGGAGUUGCGCCCGUUUCAGACGUUUUAUCUAGUCUGUCGAGUAUGAAUUCAUCGACACCAGAACAAAGUAAUAAUGCAACUCCCGACGUUAGUCUACAGCCAUCUAGUAUUAAUUCUGCUCAAAGCGCAACCCGGAGGAAAAAUCGAGAAUUGACUGUCGUCUCAGUGGCUCACACGAACAUUCCCCCGAAGGAACCGGUAGUUUAUAGCAAACAAACACAGACUGUUCAGGUGGCUCACGCUUCUCAUGACGGAUACUUUGAGACUGACUGGUGGCGUCCCAGGAAAGCUCAUGCAUUCGACUAUUACGACGAGUACAAUCUAAAUCCUGGUUUAGAAUGGGAGGACGAAUUUACAGUUUUGACAUAUGAUGAUGGCCAAGCCGAGGACGAGGAGAACAGCCUGCCGCACCUCGACGGUUUCCAGAGCAAAUUGCCACCCGGAAUACUGCCCCAUGGAUUGCCGCAGGUUAAGGAAGUUCAGCCAGCAGUCACACAAGUCGAACAGGAAAAGGAGAAGGAGAAAUCCAAAGAGGUGAGAGAACUGAGUGAAGAGGAGAAGCAGAUGAUAAUUUUGUCAGAAGAUUUUCAACGUUUCUUGGACCGGACGAGUAGAAUUGUCGAGAGGGCUCUAGGAGAAUCGGUUGAUAUUUACACGGAUUACACGGGAACAAUGGACGGAGACGAUGGAAUGGAUGAGAAGAGUCAUCAACGACUGUGGCUAAACAGAUCAUUUUAUUGUGAGCGUUGGUCGCGAAAUCGUUGUGUGACAUCGAUGGAUUGGUCACCACAAUUUCCGGAAUUAUUGGCAGCGUCUUAUCACAAUAAUGACGAGAGUCCCAAUGAUCCCGAUGGCGUUUGUUUAAUUUGGAACACAAAAUUUAAAAAGACAACACCCGAAUUUAUAUUUCAUUGUCAAUCGCCAGUGAUGUCGACGACAUUCGCUAGAUUUCAUCCAAAUUUAAUUUUAGGCGGUACAUAUUCGGGGCAAAUUGUACUUUGGGACAAUAGAGUGCAAAAGAGAACGCCUAUUCAACGCACGCCAUUAUCUGCGAGUGCUCACACGCAUCCAGUUUAUUGUCUAAGUGUGGUUGGUACACAAAAUGCUCACAAUUUAAUCAGCAUAUCGACCGAUGGAAAAAUGUGUUCCUGGAGUUUAGAUAUGCUGUCACAACCGCAGGAGAAACUUGAAUUACAAGCGAAGCAAUCGAAAUCAAUUGCCGUCACGUGUCUCGCAUUUCCUCACGGCGAUGUCAAUAAUUUUGUCGUUGGAAGCGAAGACGGAAUGGUCUAUUCGGCAUGUCGUCAUGGAACAAAAGCAGGAGUGACGGAAAUGUACGAGGGACAUCAAGGACCAGUGACGGGAAUCGACGCUCACGCUGUUCAGGGUGGAAUUGAUUUUUCACAUUUGUUCCUCACGUCGUCGAUCGAUUGGACCAUAAAACUCUGGAGUUUAAAGGAGAAUAAACCACUUUAUUCGUUCGAGCAUAAUGGAGAUUAUGUUUAUGAUGUCGCAUGGUCCCCGACACAUCCGGCUCUGUUUGCGGUUGUCGACGACUCGGGACGACUCGAUUUGUGGAACUUGAAUCAGGACACGGAAGUUCCUGCCGCUAGUGUCAUUGUCGACGGCUGUCCCGCAUUGAAUCGAGUCUCCUGGAUGCCAAGCGGUUUUCACGUCACUGUCGGCGACGAUUCUGGAAGAAUUUGGGUUUAUGAUGUUGCAGAACAUUUGGCGCAUCCGAGAAUGGAUGAAUGGAACAAAUUUUUGUACACGCAACAGGAUUUAAAGAACAACAAGGCAGACGAGGAGUUGGACAAAUUAAAUUUAAGUUCUGGUCCAUCAUCCUUGACUUCAAUGUCCUCCAUGUCCUCGAUGCCAAUGAGAUAAAUAUACAAUUUAAAAUAAGUAAAAAUCAAUGCGACUCGAUCGAAUGUUCUCUAAUUUUCCUAGAUUUGUUACAUUAACAAAACUCUUACCUCGUGUAGGAAUAAUAAGCCUUUUUUAUUAAUUCCACUUCUUUCGUUUUUUUAAACAAAUAAAUAAAAUUUUUAAUAAUUUGCCAAAUUUCUAAUUUUUAUUAGUUUUAUUUAUUAAUUAUUAAUAAAAAUUUCUUUUCUUUUAUGAUAAAUAAAAUAAUUUAGUAAAAUUCGAUCGAGAAGUAUUUUAGUUUGCUUGGUAAAUAAUUUUUGACGAAUUUCAAAUAAUAAUCACGCUUCAUGUGUAAAUAUUAAUAUACAAAAUUUAUGUCAAAAGCAUUAUUGCGAGAAAAACCCCCGACUGUAAUUUACAAUGUAUAAUAAUUAUUUCCGAAAUAUUUAAGAUUUAUAUAUGGUUAAUUUUUACAUUUUAUUAAUUUUUCUUUGUAAUUGAUUAUUAUUUGUAUUUAUUUAAUUAACAUCGAAAGAUGGACAUUUUUCUCAAUAAAUAUAAUUGCUCUACAGCCUCUACAGAAAAGGACGUGAAAAUUAAAAGUUGCAAUCGAAAAAUACAUAUAUAAUAUUUAGCAAUAAGUUUCUUUGUACAUUUUUUUCUUGGAUUUUAAUACUGUGUUUUUUUAUAUUGCUUCUAAAUAAUAUGAUGUUUGUAAAAGUUGUAUGAAAUGGAGUGAAAUAAAUUUAUUGGCGCAAUAGA